UCAAACAAAAGCAAAAAGGCUCCACAAUUAGGAAUGGAAUGGUGACCAUGUGAAGGGUGUAGCAGUCCCCACAAAAAGCAUCAAAUGAUCGAUCAAGCACUUCCUCCAUCAAAAUCAUCGAGCUUUAUUUUGCUUUUGCCCAUAAAAUUAAAAAUUAUCUAACAUUGCCUGCCUCUCCCACUUUUCUUCACUCCCUCCACCGUGCUUUUAGCCAGUUUAUUUUCCUCAGCUCUCUCCCAACCACACUACAAGUUUCAAAUUUUCUACGCUAACAAUGUACUACUUUAGCUUCUAUUACUGUGCUUCACUGAUUCUUUCCAUUUCAGGUGUUUUGUUUCCUGUAAUGGUGGAUUCAGUUGGGAUCAAUUACGGCCAGAUUGCCAACAAUCUUCCCUCACCGGACAAUGUAGUACCUCUGGUGAAAUCAAUUGGUGCAACUAAAGUAAAGCUCUACGACGCAGACGCACGGGUGCUUCGCGCAUUUGCCAACACUGGAGUGGAAUUCAUAGUAGGACUUGGGAACGAGUAUCUAUCAAAGAUGCGAGAUCCAGAUAAAGCUCAAGCCUGGAUCAAAUCCAACGUUCAAGCCUACCUACCAGCAACCAAGAUUACCUGCAUCACAGUAGGCAACGAAGUGUUGACAUUCAAUGACACCUCUCUUAGCGAUGACCUUCUUCUUGCAAUGCAAAGUGUCCACACAGCGCUUGUGAAUCUAGGACUAGAUAAGCAGGUGAGCGUGACUACGCCUCACUCUCUAGCCAUUCUGGAGACCUCUUAUCCUCCAUCGGCUGGAGCUUUCCGCCGAGAUCGGGCCGGAUGCGUGACUAAAAUCUUAAAUUUCCACGCCAAAACUGGCUCUCCUUUCAUGAUCAACGCGUAUCCAUACUUCGCAUACAAGGGGAAUCCGAAGCAAGUGAAUUUAGAUUUUGUUCUCUUCCAGCCGAACCAAGGCAUCGUAGAUCCAGCCACGAAUCUCCAUUACGACAACAUGCUUUUUGCUCAGAUCGACGCCGUUUACUUCGCUCUGUCAUCCUUAGGCUACAAGAAGCUACCGAUUCACAUAUCGGAAACCGGCUGGCCAUCCAAAGGAGAUGCGGACGAGGCAGGGGCUACGCUGGACAAUGCGAAGAAAUACAAUGGAAACCUGAUAAAGCUAAUUUCUCAAAAGAAGGGGACUCCAAUGAGGCCAACCACGGACUUGAACAUCUAUGUUUUCGCUUUAUUUAACGAGAACAUGAAGCCUGGACCUACAUCUGAGAGAAACUACGGUCUAUUUAAGCCCGACGGAACGCCAGCGUAUUCAGUAGGAAUCUCCUCAACUGAUGCCGUGAGUAGUAACACGAGUUCAAGCAGAGGCAGCGGACAGCCACCGACGGCGCCGGAGAGCUCCUCCACUGGUUACUUGUCUAUUUCUGGUGCAACGCAAACACAUAUGACUGUCAUUGGGCAUCUGUUUUUGCCGUUGGCGUUGUUGAUGAUUCGCUGGCCCCUGGAUUAGGGUGAAGGGAGGGUAAAAAAAAAAAAAGGGAUAACCACAGGUAAGUAAUUAUUAUACUCUAAUUGAGAGGAGGUGAGUAAGUGAAAGUUAAGAGUAAGAGUAAGUAAGGGUAAAUUUUACCCUCUUACUUUUCAAAUUUAAUUUUUUUUAUUCGAUGUACAUAGGGGAAAGGUAAAAGUUGAAAAUUAUUUUAUUUUUUAUUUUUUUAUUAUCUUUAAUUUUUAAUUAAAAAUUUAAAAAUAAACUUAAUUUACAAAUACAAAAAAAUAUUUUCUCUCUUAAAUGACCUUAUUUAAUCUCUCCGCUCUCUCUCAUGGAUUUGAAUUAUUGCGAAAACAAUAUUAGUUUUACCUUCCUAUUUAAUUUUAGUUGUUAAAUCAUUUGUUCUUUUAAUAAUUUGUUGUAAUUAUUAUGUUUUAAUUAUUAAUUUUUUUUAAAUAAUUUAUUUUAAAGAAUAAAUUUUUGUUUAAUAGAAAAGAAUAUUUUUAUACUUCUAAUAAUUAUUUAUCCUUUUUUUACCUAUUUUUAAAUAUAAAAAAUAUACAUUACCUCCCCUUACCUUUUCAUUAAUUCAAUCAUUUUCAAACAUAAGUUUUUUUUAUUGUCCUUAUCCUUUCUUAACCUCCCAUUGAUUAUCCUUUCCUCACCCAAUUCAAAC